CAUUUUCGCUUCUCUUAUAGUUGCGCAAGUAAAACUCAUCCUCUCUCUCUCUCUCUCUAUCUAAUACUUUUCUUUGCUUCUCAAAACCCACAGAAUUUCAAGAAAAACCAUGUCUUCCCCGAGCAAACGCCGAGAGAUGGACUUGAUGAAACUGAUGAUGAGUGAUUACAAGGUGGAGAUGAUCAAUGAUGGGAUGCAAGAAUUCUAUGUACAUUUCCAUGGACCCAGUGACAGUCCUUAUCAAGGAGGUGUGUGGAGGAUAAGGGUUGAGCUUCCUGAUGCUUAUCCCUAUAAAUCUCCAUCAGUAGGCUUUAUUAAUAAGAUCUACCACCCAAAUGUUGAUGAAAUGUCAGGCUCGGUGUGCUUAGAUGUUAUCAAUCAGACCUGGAGCCCUAUGUUUGAUCUGGUAAAUGUAUUCGAAGUGUUCCUUCCACAACUUCUGUUGUAUCCUAACCCAUCAGACCCGUUGAAUGGGGAGGCUGCAGCUCUCAUGAUGCGUGACAAAACUGCUUAUGAGCAAAGAGUUAAAGAAUUCUGUCAGAAAUAUGCGAAACCAGAAGACGUGGGAGCUGCUCCAGAAGAGAAAUCUAGUGAUGACGAGGAGAUGAGUGAAGACGAGUACGAAUCUAGCGAUGAGGCAAUGGCAGGGCCUGUGGAUCCGUAGCCUCUCUGCUUCUCUCAAGUGUUUGUAUAUGUACAUGAUGUUUCAGUUUCUGUACCUAGACUCUGCAUAAAGAAACUAUUUAUUGGGGAGGGGUGAAAAAAGAACAUCUCUGCCUCUUCUAUUAGUUUCCUUUGUCUCUGUAAAUCGAUGUGUUGUUGGUUUUAUGUUGAAAUUAUUUGUUGGCUGUUUGUCA